AUGUUACCCAAAGGGAACCUUGAAAAUAAAAUUCAGUAGCUUAGUUAAGAAAAUGUUGAAUUGAAAUAGACAUUAGCUGAUCUGAAAUUUGAAUAUGAGAAAUAGGUUCUAUUGUGCAAGGUAGCAUAAGAUUAGAAAAACGAGUAUGAUAGACUCUUCCAAUAAAAUCAGUUAUUGAAUCAAGAGCAAAAACAAUUGUAGGAUGAGAUAUAGCAUUUGAAGAAUUAGAUAAAGAAGCUCGAGUAUGUAAUUACACAACUUAAUAGAGUUAAUGCAUAACAGUUAUAGAAUCAUUAUCAAUUGAUGGAGGCGAAUUCAAUAAACAUUUAAUAGCGUAACCAAGAGUUGGAGAGAGAAUUAGAAACUUUUAAAUAAAAAGCAUUAUUUAUAAUACAAGCGAAAACUAUAAUUGAUAAUAAUAAACAAUACUGCUAGUUAACUUUGGAAUGGGAAAAGGACAUAUAAAAUCUGCAAUUAUCGUAUAGAUAAGAGAAUGAUAGUUUGAUAUUUGAUGGUUAUGGGGAAAGUGGGAAUAAAAAAGUAAUUUAUCAAUAGAUCCAUAAUUUUGCGAAGAAAGGUCUCAUACAAAAUUAGAAGCCAUUGAUAUCCUUGAAACAAUCGCAAAUGAAAAUGACUUUUGAAGUUUGA